UACAUUAUUAUAGAAAAUAAAAACUAAGAAUAAGAGGAAAAAAACAACUAUAAAAGCCGCACCAAGUCACCAUCUUUCCCUCUACAAGGUUCACCUGAUUUUCCCUCAACUCCCGGGUGCUUCAGGAUUACGACAAUCAGGCAUUGAAAGACUCUUCAACAGUUUUUGGUUAAGGAUAAUGCUGUAUGCUGGUUUCUGACCAAAACACAAUGGCAAUGAAAUCUUACCAAAAUCAGGCAGAGGUGUUCUUAAAUGGCUAUUUACUCAAUGAUUCUUUUGUGCCAUACAUGUCUACUAUUGGUGGCAUUUUUGCGUGCAAGCUGGUUUACGAUCUCACGCAGUUAAUGAGUACUAUUUACUUUAAAAGCUAUUCCAACCUCACAAAAAUCCAGCGAGUUGAGUGGAAUAACAGGGCCAUAUCAACUAUACAUGCCCUGUUCAUCACAACCUUGUCGUUAUACUUUGUCUUCAUCUCAGAUCUGUUUUCUGAAGAAAGACUGGCUGGACUUAUUACACUUCGAAGUUCGGCGCUGUCUACAUUUGCACUGGGAAUUUCUGUUGGUUACUUCAUUGCGGACAUUGGGAUGAUCAUUUGGUUUUAUCCUUCUCUUGGUGGAAUGGAGUAUGUUAUUCAUCAUUUACUAUCUAUGGCAGCUGUAGCUUAUGCUAUGUUGACAGGGGAAGGACAACUUUACACCUACAUGGUUCUUAUAUCUGAGACAACCACCCCUGGUGUCAAUCUGAGAUGGUAUCUGGACGCUGCUGGAAUGAAGAAGUCUAAGACAUACAUUAUUAACGGGGUAGUCAUGUUCAUUGCUUGGCUGGUUGCCAGAAUACUCCUUUUCAUGUACAUGUUUUACCAUGUCUACCUGCACUACGAUCAGGUGAAGGUAUUGCAUGGUUUUGGGCGGCUUCUGGUAUUUGUGGUGCCUUUGGUGCUAUCCAUAAUGAACUUGACGUGGCUUUGGAAGAUUGUCAGGGGAUUGAAGAAGACUUUAGCGAAGCGGCAGUGAAGAUUGAGAUAGAAAGUGUCAUAAAAACUGGUGUUGAUCUCCAUGCAGUGUAAAUUACACAAG